AUGGCCUGGGAUCACGCUCUUCGUCUUCUACAUGUUCCUGCCUGGUCGACCGUGAUGGUGACCUGGUUGACUUUUCAGGUGUUGGCGCACCCUGAUGGGCCGCCCCAACCCAACUCCACUCGCUCCGACGUGCUUGCGAACGCGCAAGCCUUUUCUUCUUUGUCUUCGGCUCCCGAUCAACACGAGCUCCACGACCCUCCUCCUGAUCGACUCGGUGACCCCCCUGCCUCCUCGAGCGUGUCUUUGCCGGGCUCUAUGGGGGCUACUACGACUUUGAUUUCACCGACCUCGCUGCCCUCUACUCCUUCUUCUACCCAUCGCUAUCGUGCACCAGUUCCUGGCAACGUCACGUUCACCGAAGACCCCGUUACUGGCUUCAGAAUCUGGCACGACUCGCGUGCCGACAACUGGCCAAUGAUGCGGGACCAGGCCACGGACAUCAUUGAGUGCAACCUCCGCUACAUGGUGCGUGAUGGGGACUCCGCCACGGCGGGGGAAAUCGCCCACCAACUGUGGGAAAUGUUCGAGGCUCCGUGCGGCGAUUCCAUGGUGGACUGGUGCUACUCUCAGGCCGCUCGACCUGCGCGGGACGUCUGUGCAAGGUACGCUCGCCGACACCGACCUCGGGAUGGAACUGACUUGGACGAGGCCGAAACGGAUCUACUACAUCGCCUGGAAAAGGGGGUGUAUGAAGCUGCGGCCUCUAAUGCUCGAGGCAUCCGGAGAAUGCAGGAAUACUUCGAGCAACGUCGGGCCCGGCGGGCUGCUGCCUCCCCUCCUGUUACCCCUACCCUCUCACGUAACACUCGGCGCAGGCUGGAACCUGACGAGGGAGGGGACGAUGCUGAGCUUGACACUGAGGGUGAUGUGAACUCCCUUGUGGGCACGUCUCAGCGAUCCUCCCGGACACCACGGACUACCAGGCCCAACCGUCCUGACCGCCCACGCUCGAGGACCCCAACGGUUACGGAGGUUACAGAGUCCACCGUGUGGCUCACACCUCAUGGGGCUCUUCACACAGACCCGGGUGCUCCUUCCAGCACUGCGGGCCCGGUUGACACUACGGAGGCAAUUGCUGAAUGGUUGCAGUUGCUGGGAUUCACUGACGACUCUGGGGUUAGCCUCCCUACAACCGUGCCGGAGCACAUGCAGAGAGCGGUUCAGACCGCCCUUACCUCAAUGUGCCCACGAGCCCGGGGGCUCAUGCAGCGAAGCUUACCACAGUGCCUCAACUACAUCCAGGAUGAACUCAUACAGCUGAUCGAGACUGGAAUCCCACCGCCUCCAACAGCACCACGGCCCAGACCCUCUGCCAGGCCCUCAUCUGCCCCGGCUCGUCCUUCUUCCGGGGCGUCGUCUUCUGCUCGCCCACCGCCUACCACAGCUGCGGACUCGGAUAUGGUCGAGGUGAUUGCCGAGUACGACGAGACUGACGAGGAACUCUUGAUGCAGGUGGGUAUGCGGGUAAAGGGAGAGUCGGCUGGGCACGACGAUGCCUGUCUCGUUCAGCGAGGGAUACCACUACCACCACAUCGCGAUCUACCUCAUGCUGAUCCACCGGCACCAGACAAUGAGGGGGACAUCACGGGUCCUCCUGAACAGGUCCCUGCUUCACCUCGCUCCAGGUCGCGAUCGCCAGCUUCCACCAGCGGGGAAGAAGCAGAACCUCCGGCAGAAGCUCAACGCUGGCUCGAAGGUGCCCAGCUGAGACUGGCUCUGUUGCGCAACUGCGGCGGGGGAAACGGAGGGCUCGUGCGAGUGUUCAGAGGGCUAGUCUCCAACAGGGACUCGCCAUCCUACGAGGCCUACGCGCGACCCUUUGUCAGAUGGCUGAGCCGGGGGAUCACCAACCCAUAUGGGGACGACCAUGCCGACGACCUGGUCUGGGCCUCGUGGGUUGAGAACCUGCUCUGGUUGGACUGGGUUGCCUUGCGCAUCCCCCCGCCGGGCACACCACGAAGGCAAGUUGGCAUCUUCGAGGCGGUUGAUGGAAUUCGAGCGGGCACCAACACCUACCGGGUCCUCCGAGAGACUCCCCUGGACGAGGCCAUCAUCUUGCCCGAGGAUGUGGACUCUGAAAACGCGAUCUACUCGGAGACCGACCUCCCCAUGCCCCUCAUCGAGCUCCUCUUCGCCGACCUCUUCAUGCCCCUCCACUCCUCGGGCCUCAUGGAAACGUCCCUGGCUACACGACGGGCCUCCCCAGUUGAUGGCCUGUCUUCUGUACUUCAGGGUGUGGACUUCCGCCUCUCGCAAACGGAGGUCAUGGCGCGUGUGAGGCGAGCUUUGACGCUCCUGCACCGCCUACGUCACUACUAUGACAUCAGUGGAGGACGGUGUGGCCUUCCUGCUGCCGCAGAGGGGGUCGAAGCCUUACUGACGGCGCAUGCUGUGGCCGAUGGCGGCGAUGAGACGGUCACAGAGCCUGGGAACGAGGACACCAGCUUCAUUGAGCAAUGGUGGGUGGCAUAUGAAGACAGCGAACUCCGUGCUUGGCAGGCGGACGCAAAGAGCAUGAUGGACUUUUGGGACGAUGCCGAACGCCGCCACCAGAAUGAGCUGGAGAACUCUCGCCGUGCACGGGAAUGGGAUGAUUGGGCUCUGUUCGAUGAACUCAUGGCACCUCCGGCUCGAAAACGGCGCCGGGUUGUAGUCCGUGUGCACGAGCCUUCGAGUGGUGCAUCGAGCUCGCAUGAGCUGCCUCUUCCCCCCGGCGGAGUGAUCCACCUUGAGGUUCACACGGGAGAACAAGCUGCAGGAGAACCAGGAGGGCGGACCAGUGAUAGCGAUACCACCACAAUACGAGCUGCUCCCCUGACGACGGUUGGUGAUCGGGACACCUGGGCACAUGGACAGCUCCGUGGCGAUGACCGUGAUACCGUCCUUGACCUACCUGACUCUGGUGAAGGAGUACUGUCUGAGCUGGGGGUGAGUCCGCUGGAGGUGCCUGUGAUGCCAGAUCAGUCGAUGUGGGGACACGGUGAUGGUGGUGAGCAAAGGAAUGCUGCAGCUGUCGAACAUCGUGAUGAUGCUGAGGGUGGCAGCGUAUGUGACGAUGGAGGUAUCUGA